GUUUCACACCUAAAGCUAACGGUGUUAAAUUUAACUAACGAACAAUUGACGUAAACCCAGUAUCGACACACAAUCGAGCAAGUACAAGGGGCAAAGCGAUAGAUAUUGAAAGUAUAAGGGGGUAAAAUAUAUAAAAAAUAAUUUCACCAAAUAUCCAAAACUUAUAAAUGUGGAUGCAAAUAAUCGAUUCCCCAAAUUAAAAUAUAAAUCACACAAAAAAAAAAUAACCAGCGAAAAAAGUCAAACCGAAAAUGGCGACGCAAAUCCACCACCACCACCAACUCCCUUACGCCACCUUCAGCGUGGUCUUCCACGCCGACGUAGUCCACACCACCGUGACACACGAUCCCGCCACCGUCUCGAAAUGGAUCGAACACAUCACCUCCCUGUACGGCCACCUCCCCCUGAUCGUCGGACUCGACAUCGAGUGGCUCCCGAACACCACGCGCGGCCAGCAAAACCCCGCCGCCACGCUCCAGCUCUGCGUCGGCCGCUGCUGCCUCGUCUACCAGCUCAUCCACUCGCCGUACCUGCCGAUCCAGCUCACCCGAUUCCUCUCCUUCUCCCACCACACGUUCGUCGGAGUGGAGGUGAAAUCCGAUCUGGAGAAACUCGAGCGGGACUACAAAAUUGGGUACAACGCGAGGGCGGUGGAUCUGAGGGGUGUGGCGGCGGAGGUGUACCGGAGGAAGGAUCUGAAGUGCGCCGGAUUGAAGGGGCUAGCGAAAAUUGUGAUCGGAAAAGAGAUGGAUAAACCUAAAUCGGUGACGAUGAGUAAUUGGGAUAAUCGGUGGCUCACGGCGGAUCAAAUCAAGUAUGCUUGUGUUGAUGCUUUUGUUAGCUUUGAAAUUGGCAGGGUUUUGAAUGCUUGUGCUUUUGUGUAAAUAUUAAAAUCGGAUAUUUUUGUUAAUAAUUUUUUUUAAUUAUUAUUAUUAUUAACGAACUGAUUAAUAUUUGUUGGGGGUGUUUUUAUCA